AUGGCCAGGCUUUCCGGACUACAAAGAGAGGUGCUUAAGCUUUACAGGGCAUGCAUGCGAUCAGUUAAAACAAAACCACUUGAUACCCAGGACCAUUGGCGUUCCUAUGUGCGGGCCGAGUUUGACAAGUACCGGUCUCUUCCGAAAAAAUCAUUUAGUGUGAUUGAGCAUCUUCUCCGCGUGGGCGCCCGGAGGCACGAGAUGUACCUGAAUCCCAAUAUCAAAGAUAUUCAUUAG